AUGUUCUUGUAUUCUGUUGUCGUUCCCGUCUUUCCAUUUUCGCUAGUCUCUCGGAUUCAUGUGCCAGAGCAGGAUACUCAGCACUGGGUCUCUGUCCUCCUUUCAGUUUAUGGUGCGGCGUUGUUAUUGGGUGCACCGGUUUUCGGUUUCUUUGCGGAUCAGUUGCAAGACCGACGGACGCCUCUCCUCAUUGGCUUGGUGGCUCUCACCGGGGCUACAAUCGUUCUAUGCCUUGCUACCAGUCUUCCGGUUUUGAUUAUUGGUCGUGUCCUGCAGGGCCUUUCUGCAAGUAUAACCUGGGUUGUCAGUCUCACAUUGCUGGCAGAGACAGCAAAAAAAGAAUCUGUCGCUCAGUCCUUUGGCUACGUGGGAGCCGCGUCGUCCCUUGGAACGGUAAUAGCACCUGUGCUUGGAGGUGUUGUAUACCACAGUGUCGGAUACUACCCCGUUUUUGCAAUGUGUUUUGCAUUCUUGGGUAUUGAUAUUCUCCUGCGCUUGGCUGUUAUUGAGAAGAAAACUGCUGCUAGAUGGUUGCUGCAGCAGACGAAUGAUGGCACAGAAUUAUCUGGCAUCGAAGCUCCUCCGAAUGUGAAUCCUGCUGCAAUGCAGGAUUCUACAAUCUUGAACGGCCAUGAUGCUGAGGUUGCUGUUGAUAUUGCUGUCCCCAGUCCUCAGUCCCCGUCUCAGUCACAGUCACAGCAUAAUACGUCUACUAAAGGGAUUCCAGCGAUUUUCAAACUCUGGAAAUCACCUCGCUUGCUGGCCGCUUUCUGGGGAGACUUUGUAACCGCCACGGUCAUGGUAGCGUUUGACACAACCUUGGCCUUGUUUGUUAGCCGGGAAUUUCACUGGUCGUCACUACAAGCAGGACUGAGUUUCUUAGCACUCCUUCUUCCCACGUUUUUUGGACCUGUCUUCGGGUUUUUCGCCGACAAGUACGGCGGUCGCUGGAUAUCGGCACUUGGGUUUAUCUUCAUGGGUCCUCCUCUAAUCCUGUUGCGACUCAUCACUCACGAGUCUGUCGGCCAGAUAGUGCUGUUGUGCGCGUUGCUGUUGCUGGUUGGACUAGGGGCUGCCAUGGCUUUGACUGGAUUAUAUGCCGAGUAUAGCAAAAUCUGCGAUGACAUCGAGGCAGAGCAACCGGGAUCCUUGGGAGCCAAUGGGGGUUAUGCUCAAUGUUAUGGCAUCUCCGAGAUUGCUUGGGCUUUGGCAGGCUUGAUCAGUCCGUUAAUGUCCGGCGGGAUCUAUGAGACUGCUAGCUGGGGAACUCUAGGCUGGUCCCUGAGUUUGUUUUGCUUUAUCACUGUCAUUCCCACUUUAUUAUUCGUAAAUCGUUGA